AUGGGGCGAAGUCAGGAGAGGGAUGGUGGCGAGGGGGUGGCAGGACAGGAGCCAGGUGGUGGGGGGCUGAGGCUGAGGACGGAGCUGGGCCUGUGGAGCUGUGUGUCCUUGAUCGCUGGCUCUCUCAUCUGCUCUGGCAUCUUCAUGUCACCACAGGGGCUCUUGGUCUACACGGGCAGCCCUGGGGCCGAUAUUGUGGCCUGGGCAGUCUGUGGCCUCCUGGCCACUCGGGAUGCCCUGUGCUUCGUUGAUCUGGGGGCCCUUCUCCCCGAACCUGGAAGGGGGUAUGCUUACAUCUUGCACACCUUUGGUUCCUUGCCAGCCUUUCUGGACAUGUACACACCUGGGCUGGUGGGCCCUCCAGUCACCAUCGCUGCUGUCUCUCUGACCUUUGCCAAGUAUGCAGCAGCCCCCUUUUACCCUGGCUGCUCCUCACUGCCCCAGGCAGCACUCAAGGGUGUGACUGUCUCUGUAUCCUGCUGCUGA